AUGGCUCGGGCCCCCAGCGUUAGAGGGACACUUUUGGGUCUGCUUCUGCAGCUUGUCCUUAUCUGCUCUGCUCAAAGGAGCCAAGGACCUGCUGGUCCUCCUGGACCUGCAGGUGUCCCAGGAAUUGAUGGCAUUGCUGGGGAAAGGGGAGAAGAUGGCGUGGAUGGACUUCUUGGACCAGAUGGAGAUGGAGGUAAACCUGGCUCUUCAGGAUUACCUGGGAUUCCUGGCAAUGAUGGUUUGACCGGCCCCGUUGGAGAUCCUGGGCCCGACGGUCCCUUCGGACAGAAAGGUGAACCUGGAAAAGCUGGACCUCGUGGAGUCACUGGUGUUGGGCCUGAUGGACCCCCCGGACCACCUGGGCCUGGAGGACUUCUGGGUGAACUGGGAAAAGUUGGACCAAUUGGGUCCAUAGGUGUGAGAGGGCCACAGGGACCUCUUGGACCAACGGGGCCCAGAGGUGCAGCUGGAAUGCAAGGCAGUGCCGAACUGUGUCCAAACUCUUGUCCACCCGGGACCUCGGGACAUCCUGGCCUUCCUGGAAUGAAGGGUCACAAAGGUGUAAAAGGUGAAUCAGGAGAACCUGGGAAACAAGGGCACAAGGGUGAGGAGGGAGACCAGGGAGGUCCAGGGGAGGUCGGAUCUCAAGGACCAAUGGGUCCUCAGGGAAUCCGUGGAGCCAUGGGAAUGUUGGGCCCCAAGGGGGAGAUGGGCCCUCGAGGUCUUGAUGGAGAUCUAGGUCCCCAGGGUGUUGCAGGGGCAACUGGGGAUUUCGGACAGAGAGGUGUGAUGGGCGAGCCUGGGCCUAAAGGUGAAAUCGGCAUUCUAGGGCGGAGAGGAAUCACAGGUCUUCCAGGUCCCAAGGGAGGAGCUGGCUUGCCGGGUGUGGACGGUCGUGAGGGUAUUCCUGGGAUGCCUGGACCAAAGGGAGGCAUUGGGAAGUCAGGCGUGCCUGGAGAGGUCGGACUUCAGGGGCUUCCUGGUUUGCCUGGUGCACCUGGACCAAAAGGCUUGAGUGGCCUUAAGGGAGACUCUGGUCAAGAUGGCCUACCCGGAACAGUGGGACCUGCUGGCAAAGCAGGUGAGCGUGGAGAACAGGGAGAGCUGGGACCUAUUGGACCGAUCGGUGAACCUGGAGCUGUAGGAGAACUAGGCCCUAUAGGUUCUGCUGGAAAGCUAGGUGGCAGAGGACCCAAAGGUGACCCAGGCCUUUCCGGUCUCCCUGGUCCUUCUGGCCUGCCCGGGUUGAAGGGAGAGAGGGGAGAACGAGGAGAGGGAGGACCCAAAGGAGAGCAGGGAUCACAAGGGGAUGAGGGAAACCCUGGAGACAAAGGGGAUCUUGGUGAGUCAGGAGAAUCUGGAUCCAAAGGAGAGGUCGGUAACCCCGGCAACGCUGGCAAAAGAGGUCCUGAAGGAAGUCGAGGCCAGCCGGGAAUCGAUGGGCCGCCUGGCACACCUGGACCGAGGGGCAUGCAGGGGAACAGGGGUCUACCGGGAGUCAGAGGGUCCCAGGGCCCUGCGGGUAAAGAGCCAAGCGAUCAGCACAUCAGACAAGUUUGCAUGCGAGUCAUGCAAGAACAGCUAGCCCAGUUAGCUGCUAGUUUAAGGAGGCCAGAGACUGGAGUCGCUGGUUUACCUGGAAAACCUGGACCUCCGGGGCAACCUGGUCCUCCCGGAGACAACGGUUUCCCUGGGCAGGGUGGAGCAAGAGGCCUUCCAGGACUCAAAGGGCCACUAGGAACCCUCGGAAUGAAAGGACCCAAAGGUGAACUGGGAGACAGAGGCUCCAGGGGGCCAACUGCAAGGGGACCUAAAGGUCAGCCAGGAGCUCCCGGACUUCCUGGUGAGCCAGGCAAACCCGGCUACGGUCAGGACGGUCGGGACGGGCAGAGAGGACCUCCUGGUGUUCCUGGACAGCACGGUGUACCUGGGCCUCCCGGUGCAGCCGGUCCCAAUGGUUACUGCGACCCAUCAGCUUGCAACCUCCAGGCCGGGGCCGCCCACCAGUCUCUGGAUGUGAAGGGACCUGCAGGGAACUAAGAGACACUCUGGCAGAGACAGAAAGACUGUUGGAUUAGCUCCUCUGAGCACACAUUUUUUACAGUUUUUGUCCCAGGGGCCUGCGGUUGGUGUGGUGCCUUCCAAUCCAUUAACCCUCUAGUCUUGUGAGCAUGUUUUGUGCCAUCCACAUCACCAUCAUGAGCCAGCCUCUUCACGAAAAAAACAAAAAAAUUGGUUUUGAUGAGCUGCAACAAUCUAGCUUGUUCUCGUGUUUUUCUACCCGAGAGAUGUUUUGAUAUUUUCAGGAAGGUGUGCUCAUUUUACUCAGAAUAUGUGAAAUGACCAGAAAUGUUUGUUUAUCCCACUCUCCUUGUCCCCUCUGCCUGCAUUUUCUUUUUAUGCUCACCAUUUACAGGUUUCUUCAAUAAAAGCCCUUCCACUUUCUCUCAGAACAUUUCGAAUAACAACCCAAAGAUAAUCAUGAUUUUUCUUUAGUAUAAGUGCCUUUUUUCAA